AUGGCCGAGGCUAUUGUCACGGGUGUGCUUUCAGAGGGGCUAAUACCUAGUUCUAAAGUUGUCGUCUCGGAUCCAAAUCCGAUUAUGCGUAGCAAGUACGUUAAGCUUAACGUGGAAACACAUACACGUAAUAGCUCAGCAGUUAAAGACGCGGAUGUGAUCUUGGUGGCAGUUAAGCCCCAGGUGGUCGAUGAUGUGCUGCGAGCGGUGAAAGCAGCAAUGGACCCAAAUGCAUUAGUUAUUUCUGUAGUUGCUGGACAAAAUAUCAAGCAGCUACAACAGCUUUUGGGACAAGACAGCCACAUCAUUCGCACCAUGCCGAAUACGCCAGCCAUGAUUGGAGAGGGCACAACGGUGUGGGCGCAGUCUGCUGAAGUCACGAGUGCACAGCACGAGCUAACGAAGCAGAUUCUUGGAUCAUUUGGAAUUGAGGUGUUUGUAGACGAUGAGAAUGCUUUGGACAUGGCAACUGCGCUCUCUGGAUCUGGCCCGGCCUAUUUCUUUCUUGUUGCUGAGGCAAUGAUUGAUACAGGAGUUCAUAUGGGCUUUUCUCGAACUGUGGCUACGAAACUGGUCCAGCAAACGAUGCUUGGAUCUGCGCUAUAUAUGCAGUCAGAGGAUGUGCACCCGGUUGAGCUGCGAAAUAACAUCACAAGCCCAGGAGGUACCACCGCUGCUGGUCUUUAUCGCGCUGAAAAAAAUGGAUUUCGCGCAGUCAUCGCCGACUCCAUUUGGGCCGCAUAUGAGCGCUGUCUUGAGCUCGGCUCCUCCGAGCCUGUGCAGCGCCAGCGUCCGCGCUCUUGA